UUUGACAUUAUUUAAUUUUAUCGUAAUUCAUUUUUCAGAAGUUCACCUAAGGGACCUCAGUUCUCUGAAAUUCUGCAUUAUCUAAAGGAUGAUCGAAAUAAUUCACUUAAUGAUUUCCGGGCCGUAAAGGAUGCUGAAGACAUGGAAAAUAUGUUUGAAAUUAUAGAGGACAUCAUCCUUCGGGAAAAAUUGAAUGCUCAUGCAAAGAAUGUCGAUGAACUAUCUUGUGGUUCCUACGAUAGUGUGUUACCUCGUGAAUCGAUUCAGAACAUAUCAAUUUCCAAAAAUAGUAAUACUUCGGUUACGGAUCGUCCCGAAGCCUAUGAUGUCAACUCAGAAAUGAUCGCCUCGAUGGAGCAGAAGAACUCUUGGCCCUGCACUGCAUGCGGCAAAAUUUUCAUGUACAAGAUAUCCCUUUUGAAACACAUAAGCUUGAAUAAAUGCCUGCAAUGCAAAAUUUGCAACCAGAACUUUGACGUGUUAGAAGAAUUUAAACGUCACGGUUGGACGUGUCGUAGACGUCUGACGUGCCGCAAGUGUUCCUUCAAGGCAAGUACAUUGAAAGAUAUGAGUGAACACAUGAAAUCGGUACACAAUACUAUCGACGUUAAACCGAUACCUUGUGACAUAUGCCUCAAGAAUUUUGCGACGCAGAGUAAUCUUAAGAGACAUAAGGAAACUGUUCAUGUGGACACGUUGCUGAAAUGUCCUGCAUGCGGCAGAAGUUUCCAACGCAAGGUUUCCUUUGAGAAACACAUAAAUUUGAAUAAUUGCCUGCAAUGUCAAAUUUGCGACCAGAACUUUGACGUGUUAGAAAAAUUUAUUCGUCACUAUACAAUGUGUUUUAAAUCUGAGUAUAACUGUCGCGAGUGUUCUUACAAGACAUAUACAAAGAACUGUUUGAUUAAACACAUGAAAUCAGUACACUAUGGUAUCGACGUUUUACCGAUAUUUUGUGACAUAUGCUUCACGAGUUUUUCGACGCAAAGAAGUCUUGUGAGACAUAAGGAAACAGUUCAUGUGGACACGUUGAUGAAAUGUCCUGCAUGCGGCAGAAAGUUCCGAUCCAAGGUUUUCUUCAAGAAACACAUAAACUUGAAUAAUUGCCUGCAAUGCCAAAUUUGCGACCAGAAGUUUGACGUGUUAGAAAAAUUUAUUCGUCACUAUACAAUGUGUCUUAAAUCUGAGUAUACCUGUCGCGAGUGCCCUUACAAGACACAUACAAAGAACUGUUUGAUUAAACACAUGAAAUCAGUACACUAUGGUACCGACGUUUUACCGAUUUUUUGUGACAUAUGCUUCACAAGUUUUUCGACGCAGAGUAAUCUUAUGGUACAUAAGGAAAGAGUUCAUGUGAGCACGUUGAUGAAAUGUCUUGCAUGCAGCAGAAAGUUCCGAUCCAAUGUUUCCUUCAAGAAACACAUAAACUUGAAUAAUUGCCUGCAAUGCCAAAUUUGCGACCAGAACUUUGACGUGUUAGAAAAAUUUAUUCGUCACUAUACCAUGUGUCUUAAACCUGAGUAUACCUGUCGCGAGUGUUCUUACAAGACACAUACAAAGAACUGUUUGAUUAAACACAUGGAAUCAGUACACUAUGGUACCGACGUUUUACCGAUUUUUUGUGACAUAUGCUUCACAAGUUUUUCGACGCAGAGUAAUCUUAUGGUACAUAAGGAAAGAGUUCAUGUGAGCACGUUGAUGAAAUGUCUUGCAUGCAGCAGAAAGUUCCGAUCCAAUGUUUCCUUCAAGAAACACAUAAACUUGAAUAAUUGCCUGCAAUGCCAAAUUUGCGACCAGAACUUUGACGUGUUAGAAAAAUUUAUUCGUCACUAUACCAUGUGUCUUAAACCUGAGUAUACCUGUCGCGAGUGUUCUUACAAGACACAUACAAAGAACUGUUUGAUUAAACACAUGGAAUCAGUACACUAUGGUACCGACGUUUUACCGAUUUUUUGUGACAUAUGCUGCAUGAGUUUUGCGACGCAGCAUAAUCUUAAGAGACAUAAGGAAACAGUUCAUGUGUGAUGAUAUGUCCUGCAUGCGGCAGAAGUUUCCAAUACAAGGCAAACUUCGAGAAACACAUAAGCUUAAAUAGUUGCCUGCAAUGCAAACUUUGCGACCAGAAAUUUGACCUGUUAGAAGAAUUUAAUCGUCACCGUUGGACGUAUCAUAAACGUAAGUUUCAAGUGGCAGUAAGUAAACAUCAAGUGUUCCUUCAAGACAAGUAUAUUCAAGGAUAUGAGUGAACACGUGAAAUUGGUACACAAUUUGCCACCAGAAGUUUGACUUGCUAGAUGAAUUAUAUCGUCACGAUAAGACGUGUCGUAGACCAGAGUAUAUCUCCCACAAGUGUUCCUAGAAGAUAACUACACAAGAUUGUUUGAUUGAACACAUAACAUGGAAACACAAGACUACCGCCCCUUUGUGAGAUAUAUUUCAUGACAUUAAAAUCGCACAGCAUUCUUAAGAAACAUAAGGAGACCGUCCACGCUAACACACAGUCGAUAAAAUGCGAUAAGUGCGAUUGUGUCUUGAAGCACAUAUAUAAAUUAACAAACAUUAGCGCAAAGUACACUCACAGGAAAAUUUUCUUCUGCAGAAGUUGUAAUAAGUUGUUCAUCUUCUAAACGCACGAUGAACUAGGCCGAUAUAAUGCCGAGUAUCAGAGUGAAGCUUGCACUUACUGGAAGAAGAUAUUACCAUUCACUAGGAAAGAGUCACACAUGCGGCUUGAUACACGAAUCAGAGACCUUUUAUCUGCGACGUUUACUACGACAUGUGUAUUUCUAAGGGUAAUUUGUACCACCAUAUAAUGAAACAUCAUCCUGCUUCCUGAAUCGUUGGCUAUACCCAAGGAAAGUAUCGUUUCCCUUGGCCCGUGAGUCGAAAGAAUGCGAUUAUUUAAAUCAAGCAAAAGGAUGGGCAGAAGGAGAGAAAUAAUAUGUUUACAGCUCUCUUUACGUUGCACUUUCGUGACGAAGUAUCUUUCUACGAAUGUUACUAUUGAAUUUUGUAUUUAGUUUUAAUUACUUACGCGGUUUUUAUACAUUUUUAAUAGAUUAAGUGACACUCUACACGCAGUAUAAUAAGCGCGAUACUUAAGAAAGAAAUAGAGAAUGACCUUA